CCACUCAAUUUAACAAAGUGUAUAAGAACCCUAGAACCAAAAUGAAUCUGUGCUGCUUCCGCCGAACGAAGACUAACAGAGACAGAGGCAGCUUCUUCAUCUUCACACCAAUCAAAAUGGUUAAAGGACGACAAGGAGAACGUAUCAGGCUUUAUGUCAGGGGUACCGUUCUUGGUUACAAGAGGUCCAAGGUUAAUCAAUACCCAAACACCUCUCUUGUUCAGAUCGAGGGGGUAAACACCAAGGAAGAAGUUGCAUGGUAUGCUGGGAAGAAAUUGGCAUACAUUUACAAGGCUAAAGUGAAGAAGGAUGGUAGCCACUAUCGCUGCAUUUGGGGUAAGGUUACCAGGCCUCAUGGUAACAGUGGUAUUGUUCGUGCAAAGUUCAAGUCUAACCUUCCACCAAAAUCAAUGGGAGCCAGGGUUAGAGUAUUUAUGUAUCCAAGCAAUAUAUAAGAUUUUCAGCGGUACCUACAGCCAGCAGUUGGAUAGGUCAUUGAAGUUUUUAUUCAUCCUGUUUUGGUUGUCUUUGCAUUUUGGUUGUCUUUGCAUUUUGGUAUUUUUUUUUGUAUCUCUGAACAGAAUUUCCUUUUUCUAGGAUGUUGAAUUCGAAUGUUUUUAUUCGUGUUUUGUUGAGUACUAAUCUCAUUUGCACUGUUUUGUUUUUGUUUAGUCCUUAUCUCGAAUGGAGUCCCUCUUAAUUUG